AUGAGACUCUCUGUAGGGACGACUGCUUCAGAUCAAGAUGAGACAGAGCAAUUUGAUGAGUGGUUAUUGAAAGUUUGUGAUGGUCUAACAUGUGACAAUAUGGAUGGUGAAUCUGAGAUAUGUCGUCAAGGAGAUAUUGUUACUCCUUCUUCGGACCAGGCAUUUGAUGAGUUGGUUCAUUUUUCUUAUCCAAAUAUUUUAGAUAACAUGUCCUCAAAGGAUUUUUUCAAAGCAAGAACUAUUGUGGCUCCCACGCUGGACAUCAUUGAAGAGGUCAACAACCAUCUGAUGACUAUCAUUCCUGGAGGAAAAAAAUUAUAUCUUAGUUCGGAUUCGAUUUGUAUGGAUAAAAGGAAUAUGGAGAGUCAACUAGAUCUCUAUGAUCCUAAAUUAUUGAAUAGCAUAAAUUACUCUGAUUUGCCUCCACAUAAAUUAAUACUCAAGGUUGGUGAUCCGGUGAUGUUACUGAGGAAUAUUGACCAAUCCAGUGGUCUUUGUAAUGGUACAAGGCUACAAGUUAGGAAGCUUGGAAAUCAUGUCAUAGAAUGUGAAGUCUUAACGGAUAACAAUGUUGGUCAUAUUACUUUGACUUCAAGAAUGAAUAUGGUACCAACAAAUGAAACCGUCCCAGUUAGAUUCCAACAAAGACAGUUUUCCAUAAUAGUAUCGUUUGCCAUGACAAUUAAUAAGUCUCAGAGAAGUUUAAAAGUUUUUACACAUAGUCAACUAUAUGUGGCACUUUCAAGAGUUAAGAGUAAGAGAAGUUUAAAAGUUUUACUUAUGAAUCACGUAGGAAUGUCUGCAAAUUCAACCAUCAAUGUUGUUUAUAGAGAAGUAUUUGAAAAAAUAGAAUUCUAA